AUGGCGCCAAGACGCCUUAGAAUGGUGUGUUCCUCCGACGCAGACGACGAACCACAGCACCACCAGCAACCACCGCAAGUCGAAGAAUACGACGACGACGAUGUGGAAAUCGAACAGUCCAGCUUGAAAUCUCCGAUGACGACUUCGUCGACGUCCCCGAAAACUUCUCUCCUCCACCUACACCUGCGCCUCCGCCUCCAUNUUGAAAUCUCCGAUGACGACUUCGUCGACGUCCCCGAAAACUUCUCUCCUCCACCUAUACCUGCGCCUCCGCCUCCAUCUGCACNCUCAAACCCUAACCAGAACCCUAAUUCUAAUCCCUGUGGAGCAAUCCAGCUUGAAAUCUCCAAUGACGACUUCAUCGACGUCCCUGAAAACUUAUCUCCUCUGCCUCCACCUGCACCAGUGAUUUCCACUCAAUUUAUCAAAUCAUCUACAGUGUCGACAAUGAAUAGUACUACCGAUUCCAACUUUGAAGCCUCUGAUUGGCCCGAUCAGUGGCAUUUUACGGGGGAAUAG